CUUUGUUCGCGCUGUUGGUCGUGGUUGCCGCGAGUCGUGUCGCACAGUGCCGCGAGAGACGUGGAGCGUCGGCCACAGCUGGCCCCCACCCGCCACCUGCUGAUCCAGAGACGCGUCCACUGACUCCUCAUCAGCUCUCCAAGGCGUCAUGAUCAUGGAGGCACUGCGGGGGGUGAGCGCGGCCUCCAGUCCUCACACUUCACCCACCAAACGCACCUUCGACGUCGCCUUCCUCACCGGCGCCCACGACCACCCCCUCAGCUCAGACGUGCCCUCGCCCGCCCCCAAAGUGAGCAGAGUGAGUGGGCUGAAGGUCCCUCCGCCCUCUCUCACGGAGUCGCCCGGUGCGCCGCCCACCCCGCCCAGCGAUGACCCCGCCCCCGGCAGCGCCUUCACCAAAGUCACCAGAUCGCAGGGGUCGUCUCCACCACACUUCAACGUUGCUGCCACUACCCUGGACGCCCUCAGCUCUACUUGGCCACCCGUGUCAGCCUCCUUCAACGCUGUCAGCUCGUUGUUAAACAGCGGCAAGUCUUUAGCGCCCCUGCUGGCCGCCCCGGGCCUCCUGCCUCCCGGUCUGGCGCCUCUCCUGCCUCAUGCUAUCCCUGAUCGUCUCAAUAAUAAUCUGGUGGAAGAAUAUCUGAAGUCACAUCACCAGUUUAUGGACUCUAAGCACAGCAGUGAAAUGUCCGCCAGUGAAGCAUUGUCUCGCCUGCGUUCGUCCAUGUAUCCCACCGACCCAUACAAGUUGCCAUUCUCCCUUGGUUAUCCGCUGACGGGGCCGUCCCCUGCUGACGCCGUGAAGCUGGGCGCUGCUCCAUUUCUACCACAGCCGUCCGUGUCGGCCCUGAUGCCCCCAUCUCUCUCGAUAGCUCAGUCAGCUCAAAAUGUGUGCGCAAAGUGCAAUAUCUCCUUUCGCAUGACUUCUGAUUUGGUGUAUCACAUGCGGUCGCAGCACAAGCGGGAAGCAGAUCCGUACAAAAAACGCCGCAACGAAAGACUCAAGUGCAGCAUCUGUGGAGAGAGUUUCCGUGAGCGUCACCAUCUGACGAGGCACAUGAGCGCCCACCAGGACCGCGAGGAGGACGGGGAGGCCAAGUGAGGUUCUGUGGGCCAGCAGAGGGCGCGGGCCGAACGACUCAUCAGGGUUCUCUCUGAAGCCUUCAGCGCACGGCCGUCCCCGCUAACACACCCUCGCGUUGUGUUCCCGCCCACGCCAACACAAUGGAACCCACUUCCAUUUGAUGCAUCUGACUGGGCCCACAGAUUCCGCUACAAAUAAUGAAUGAACUGUUGCAUCGGACAAGUGUAAUACCGUCAAAUGUAUGAUUUUUUUUUCUUAAACGUGAAAAUAAGAGUCAAAGAAAAUUAUUAUUCUUUAAAAAAUGUUUGUAAUAUUUAUUGAUAUACGUGUCUCUAUGUCUAAAUGGUAUCCAGAAAACAGUGUAAAACUGAAGGUGGUACAAAGAGACAGAGUGGCAAAUAACGCUAAGUAAUGCGUUCGCCACAGCAAUUGUUGUAUUACUAAGGGAACAAAGUGAACAGUGCGUCCCGAAGAACCCUAUUCAGUUAGGACAUGUUCCUGGACGGUGGUGUCGUGACGGGCGUCGCUGGAAAGGAAGGUUCCCACCUAAAGCACGGCCGACACAAGGCGCCGCACCGCUGCCGCUCGCCGACGUUCAGGACAUUACAGAGGUGCCGCGACGUGAAUUGUACAUGCAUGGACAUACAGUGCAGUGAGAAGCUGGUGCUACGUCACAAAUAACUUAAGUAUGACUCCUAGAAAAAGUGUUAUCUAAUAACGAUGUGGAUUUUUUUUUUUCAUUGAGUCCCUUGCUGCAAAUAAAAUUAAUAAAAUGACAACGUGAGACAAGAGCCCCUGAAGGGUUGGUCUAGCAGGGUGGUGAGUGUUGUGAGGUGCUCUUGUGUACCGGAUAAGAGCUGAGUGACGGUGCGGCGAGAGAAAAUUCAUACUGCACCCUCGCGCACUGCUUGAUGUGAUACUUGUGCAGCACUGUCAUGGUAGGUGUUCACUGUCCCUCUUCUGUCGGGAGGAAAAAAAAUAAUGCUGCAUUUCCUGUGUACAAUUUUCUGUUAACCGUAAGUGGAAUGUGUGUACGUCGUUUCCUCCAAACACUCUUUCCUCAUCCCCCCCUGCGUGAUGUGUGUGUGUGUUUGUGUGUGUGUGUGUGUGUGUGUGUGUGUGUGUGUGUGUGUGUGUGUGUGUGUGUGUGUGUGUGUGUGUGUGUGUGUGUCAUUGUGAUCAAUAUGUAGUCGAUUUAAAAUAUGACUCUUAUGCACUCGUCCUUGUAUAGAUAUGAAUGUAUCUGUAUUUAUUUGUGUGAAUCAAUGCAUGAUUGCAUAUAUGUAUAUGUAUGUGCGCACGUAUGGUUGUGCGUAGGUAUGAGUAAGUGGCGUAUAUGUGUAUGUACGUGUGUGUUUGUGUGUACUUCUCGACUUUAACUUACAUGUAAAGUGGGAUCGGUGUAUAUAGCUAUACUUUUAAUGUUGAUUUCUCAUACUAGUCACAAGUCCAGCGUGAACCCAGUGCAAUAAAUUCUGUAAAUACAAGUUAUAGCGUUUUAAAGAAUUCUAUGUAGGGGUAGUAGUGUUGGUGUCGUGGUGACGUCAUCGAGAGCUCACAGCAGUCUCAGGAGAGCGAGAGGGAGGUCAGUAGCGGGCGGGGUGACGCGGGCGGGUUGGUCAGUGUUAUGUACUGUUCUCGUGACGUCACUCCACUUGGUGAUCUCACAGCAUUGUCCACCAAAAAUCAAGUAAUAAAAUCUGUC